AGUAGUUCUGCCGAUGAGGACGACCCGCCGGAGAUCAAAGUGGAGCGCGAGAAGGAGCGCCGACAGGCCAACAAUGCGAGGGAACGGAUUCGUGUGCGCGAUAUAAACGAGGCGUUCAAAGAGUUGGGACGAAUGGUAGUGAUUCACCUGAAGUGCGACAAAGCGCAGACCAAACUCAAUAUUCUGCAUCAGGCCGUGGAUGUGAUCACUAGUUUAGAACAACAAGUUAGAGAACGAAAUCUGAACCCAAAGACGGCGUGUCUGAAGAGGCGCGAGGAAGAGAAGUCUGAGGAGGCGAGCGGUGGGGGCCCU